AUGCUCUUCGCCAAUACUAAAACCUGGAUUUCAGUCCUUCUUGCUUGCAGCUCAAUCCCUGCUGCACUAUCCGCUCCAACCUCCAGCCCUGUCAAUGGAGUUGCAAUUCGAGAUGUUAUUUCCCCGCCAGCUCUUGUCGCAGAAGACAUCUCUAUUCUUGAGAAGGACGGCGAAUCUCGUGUGAUCACUGAGCGCAACGCAGCCUCCGACAUUCACCUAGCUAAGCGCUACCUGAUCGGCUCUCCAUACCAGAAGCGAACCAUCCAAGUCGCAUUGAAGCAGGCUGUUCACGGAAUCACUGCAGGUACCGUUUGGGCAUGGGAGAUCAGCUACCGCUACUUAUCCCCCACUGGAGGCAGGGAGGGUCACGUUAGUGGAAACCUAGUCAACGGCCCCGGCGCGUUUUCUUUUACCUCAUUUAAAAUCGAUCAGGCCUUCGUCACCAGCGUCGACGGUAUCGUGUCAGCAGUUUUUGAUGCGGUUAUCAAAACGACAAACGAGAAGAUUCAGUUCGCCUUGACUUGGGCUGAGGAUUUCACUACCACUGGUUCUACGCUGGAGAACCAUGGUCAAUCCAGCUCGUUUACCUACUUCACUCCCGGCGGUCGCCAAGAACGUUUAGGCCAGGAAUUCUUCAAGUUCGCCAUACACGAGUCCUAG